UGUAGUUUCAAAAUAUGAGCAAAAACUGAAAAGAGGCGCAACAUUUUAUGUUACUCUUAAUUGAAACAACCGUUUCGUAUGUAUGUAGACAUUUAUUAAGUAUUCUAAAUUAAAAUCUAGCAAAAUCAAUUGUUCGUCACUGUUAGGACGUCGACCGACAAAUGCGGCGCAGCCUUUUAGUCUGCUUAGUCGUUCACAGCCCACAACCCGCGGAUUUACAAUCAACAAUUCAAACAGAUUUCUGCACGGGCUACAUUUCUUUCCCGUUUCUACAAACUUCAAACAUGGGGUGGUUCGUGUCUCCAAACAUGGUGUAGCCAAACUUUCCGUUUUGUGAGGCAGCAGCAGCCCGCCAGCACCAAACCAGGAUGUCCAGCAGCUCCGGCUACCCCCCCAGCCAGGGGUCGUUCAGCAGCGAGCAGAGCCGAUACCCACCACACUCUGGUGUCCAGUACACCUUCACCGGAUCGCGCCACCAACAGGAUUUCCCCGUCCCAGACUACCGCACUCACAUGCAGGAUCCACAGGGCCGCAGACGGCUGUCCUUGCUCUCCGAGUUCCACCCCGGAGCCGAAAGGCCUCCGGAGAGGCGUUACGAGCAGCAGUAUCACUCCAUCACAGCGCAGGCAGAGCACGAGGCCCUGGAGGCCAAACGCCCUCGCAUGGAGACCGUUGCCGAGGCCCAUAUCAACCGCACCCCUCCCACUGCUGGGGGUAUCGUGCUGCCCAUGCCCCACACUGUACAGGACAGCUUAAGAGCCACUGUUGAAGUCAAAAAGGAGUCUCCGUUCACCAUCAAGGUGGAGUCACCGUCGCCGGGAGGACCUGCGCUGCACAUGGGGGAAGAGCAGGACACGUCGCCCUCCAAGCUGUCCAAGGAGGAGCUGAUUCAGAGCAUGGACCGCGUGGACAGGGAGAUUGCGAAAGUGGAACAGCAGAUUUCCAAGCUGAAGAAAAAGCAGCAACAACUCGAGGAAGAAGCAGCGAAGCCCGUGGAGCCAGAAAAGCCAGUGACCCCUCCUCCGGUGGAGCACAAGCACCGCAGCAUCGUUCAGAUCAUCUACGAUGAGAACAGGAAAAAAGCUGAGGAGGCCCAUAAAAUAUUGGAAGGUCUUGGCCCCAAAGUUGAGCUGCCUUUGUACAACCAGCCGUCAGACACAAAGGUGUACCACGACAACAUCAAAACAAACCAAGUCAUGCGGAAGAAGCUGAUUUUGUUUUUUAAGAGGAGGAACCACGCACGUAAACAAAGGGAACAGAAGAUCUGCCAGCGCUACGACCAGCUAAUGGAGGCAUGGGAGAAGAAGGUGGAGCGCAUGGAGAACAACCCCAGACGUAAAGCCAAGGAGAGCAGAACACGGGAGUACUACGAACGGCAGUUCCCCGAGAUCCGCAAGCAGCGAGAGCAGCAGGAGCGCUUCCAAAGAGUUGGACAAAGAGGAACAGGUCUUUCCGCAACAAUAGCAAGGAGCGAGCAUGAGAUCUCUGAAAUCAUCGAUGGUCUCUCGGAACAGGAGAACAACGAGAAACAAAUGAGGCAGCUGUCGGUCAUCCCUCCCAUGAUGUACGACUCAGAGCAGAGGCGGGUGAAGUUCAUCAACAUGAACGGCCUGAUGGACGACCCGAUGAAGGUGUACAAAGCUCGGCAGUUCAUGAACGUUUGGACAGAACACGAGAGGGAGAUCUUUAAGGAGAAGUUCAUACAACAUCCCAAGAAUUUUGGUUUGAUUGCCUCGUAUCUUGAAAGGAAGUGUGUCGCUGACUGUGUGCUGUUUUACUACUUGACCAAAAAGAACCAAAACUACAAGGCAUUGGUCAGGAGAAACUAUGGCAGGAGGAGAGGACGCAACCAGCAAAUAACACGUCCCUCACAAGAAGACAAGUCGGAAGACAAGAACGAAGAGGACAAAGUUGAGAAGUCUGAGAGAAAAGAGGACGAGGAAAAGAAGGACGAGGAAGAAAAAGAUGAAAAGGAGGAUUCUCGGGAGAUUGGCAAGGACAAAGACAAGUGUGACGGUGGGGAGGACGAGGACGGAAAGGAGCAAAACACGCCGCGUGGCAGGAAGACUGCCAACAGCCAGGGCCGCCGCAAUAGAAGGAUCACCACACGCUCCAUGGCCAAUGAGGCUGCGUCCGUCGCAGCCGAGGACACGCCUCCUCCCGCCUCUGAGCCCGCCCUGCCAGAUCCUCCACAGCUCCCUAAAUCUGAUCAAGCGCAGAAGGGAAUGAAGGAGCCCGCAAAAUCCCUCACUCCGGUAGCAGCAGAUGCUAAUAAAGCUGGCGCUGGUGAAAGCGGAGAAACUUCUCGCUGGACCGAGGAGGAGAUGGAGGUUGCCAAAAAAGGGCUCGUUGAACAUGGCAGAAACUGGACAGCCAUCGCCAAAAUGGUGGGCACCAAAAGCGAGGCGCAGUGCAAGAACUUCUAUUUCAAUUACAAGAGGCGCCACAACCUGGACAACCUGCUCCAGCAGCACAAGAAGGAUACUCGCAGAGCUCGCGCUGAUACGUCUCAAGGGGAAGGCCAAGCCACGGCAUCACCUGAUGAUGAUGAGGACAAUGCAGAUGACAGUGAAGCUGGUGAUAACAGCUCUGAUACAGAGAGCGCACCUUCACCCUCUCAGCCCGACUCCUCAAAAUCAGUCGACUCGAAGAGACUGGAGAGCACGGCGGGCGAAGCUCCAGGUGCAGACCAGGACAAAGGUCAAGCCAGCAAUGGAAAGUCUGCAGAGCCUUCAUACGGGGAGCUUCGCGUCAAGGAAGAGAAGAGCCCAGAGAGCGAGAGCGGAUCCCAGGAAGAAAAAGUCAAGCUUUCUUCCUUCCCUGGCCCCGUGCAUCCCAAAACCGAACCUCAGGAUGUGGACAUGAAGAUCGGGGAGGUUCAAGUCAAGGUGGAGCCCGAGAUCAAGGAGAAGGGCGAAAAGGGAGAGCCGGGCGAACGGCAGAGGGAGCUCCACUCGGACAAUGACUCGAGCGCCACCUGCAGUGCUGAUGAAGACGUGGAGGCCGAGCCUGAUCGGCAGAGAAUAUACCCCAUGGAAAAACCAUCGUUGCUCAGCCCUCCGGGAACGGUGUUCAUGCCCUCGCCCAAGCAAGCCCAGCUCAACAUCCAGCAGCUGCAGCACAGGGCAGCUGCCAUCCCUCCUAUGGUGCCUGGUUCUUACGGUCCUGGCGGCAUUCCCAUCAGCGGUUUAACCAUGCUGCAGCACCAGAUCAAAGCAGCGCAUGAUUCGGCUCACCAGGAAGAGAAGCAGCGGCAGGAUCAGGGCGACCUGGAGCGGAGAGCCCACUUCAACACUCGCAGCCCUUCUGUGCUGGACAGAGACGUCCUCCACCCCAACCCCACCCAGCUGGUGCAGAGCAUGAACGACGGAGUCCGUCUGCCGUUCAACAGACACAGUCGACCUCCCAACAUUCCUUCUCCUCCUCCGCUCAUUCCAACCAACAAGCCCACAGACAAGCCCUCCUUCAUCCAGGGCGGCUCCAUCUCCCAGGGAACUCCUGGCACAUAUUUGCCCUCUCAUGCCAUCUACGGGCCAGAGGGGACGAAGAACUCUGGAGGAUCCAUCUCUCUGGGGCUGCCAAGGCAGAUGGACCCCAACAAGCCCGGAGCUGUGGUUUCCUCCAUCCAGGACGGCAGAGGCAACCCGGUAAAAGUUGGUGAAGGCCUGGCGUUCAGAGGAUCCAUCACUCAGGGCACUCCGGCUCUGUCCCAGCCUAGCAUAGCUGCUGACCUCCUGAAGGGCACAAUUGCAAAGCUGGCUACAGAGGACCUGGGCAGCCCAGAUAAAGCCAGGGGGGAGCAGCUAGCUAAAGUUAUUUAUGAAGGCAAAAGUGGCCACAUCAUCUCCUAUGACGGUAUAAAGAAUCCCAGGGAAAACACCAGAAGCCCCAGAACAGGUCAUGACCUGAAACGCACCCAUGACAUGAUGGAGGGUCCCAUGGGAAGAGCACACCAUGGCAGGGAGGGCGCUCCAUUCGAGGGUACUCUUUGUCUGAUCAGUAGGGCUUUACCUAGAGAAGGGCAUCAUGGCGACUCCAAGGAAAGAGCGCUGAUCCCUGGAUCCAUUAUGCAAGGGACACCGAGAACUACCGCUGACGCGUAUGAGGAUGCAGUGAAAUACGGGAAGCUGAUAAAAACAGAAAGCCCGCCUAUCCGAACAUUCGAAGAGGCCAUCGGCAAAGGCAAGCCCUACGAAGGAGUUAACACCAUCAAAGAGAGGGGGCGCUCCAUUCACGAAAUCCCCAGACAGGACCAGUCUGGACAGGACAUGUGCAAGACUCCUGACCUGCCUGACAGGAGGGUGAUAGAGGGCUCCAUGUCUCAGAGUUACUCCAUGGGCCAGCCGACCAUCAAACACAACGUCAAGUCCCUCAUCACCAGCCCCAGCAAGCUUCCCCACAGCAUGCCCCAGCUGGAGGCCAUGGAGCGACCCAAGUACGAGGAGAGCAAGGCGGUGCGGCACUCUGUGGUCAACAGCACGGCCUCCGUCCUGCGCUCCACUCACCAGGAGGCCGGGAAAUCCCAGCACAGCCCCAGCAUGUAUGAGGACGCCAGUGCUCGCCGGACCCCCGUCAACUACAGCACCAAUCCCGUCUCCAGAGGAUCCCCCAUGCUGGGACGGGGCUCAGAGGGGGGCAUGAGUUCUGCCAAAUCCGCCGCACAUGACAGAAAGAGUGCCAUGACCCCGACGCAGAGGGACAGCAUCCCAUCCAAAUCGCCUGUGUCGGUGGGCGACCCCGUGGCCUCCCACAGCCCGUUCGACCCCCACCACCGGCCUUUGGUUCCAGGAGAGGUGUAUCAGACCCACCUGCCCCCACACCUGGAUCCCACCCUGGCCUUCCGCCACAGAGGCCUCGAUCCUGCGUUCAUGUUUCCCCGGCAACCCUCACCAACCGGCUACCACAACACCUACCAGCUGUACACCAUGGAGAACACUCGGCAGACCAUCCUCAACGAUUACAUCACGUCGCAGCAGAUGCAAGUCAUCCCUCGGCCCGACAUGGCCAGAGGGCUGUCGCCGCGGGAACAACCCGUCGCCAUCCCGUACCCGCCGCCUCCUCGAGGGAUUAUUGAUCUAACCCAGAUGCCUCCAACUAUCCUGUUGCCUCACCCUGGGGGAACAGGUACUCCCACUUUGGAACGCGCCUACCUCUCUGGAGCUCAGCCCCCUUUCCCUCCUAGGCCUUUCAACUCAACCUCCAUAUCGCCAGGCCAUGCAGUCCACCUUGCUGCUAGUGCAGAGAGGGAGCAGCAGGAGAAGGACCGGGAUAAGGACAGGGAGCAACAGAGGGAACGGGAUAUCAGAGAGCGGGAGCGCACUAAUGAAUACAUGCGUGGAGGCGCCCCAGAGCAGCCGGGCCGGCCAGGGAGCCGAGGUUAUCUGCAUUCCCCUUCUCCGUCGCUCCGGACCCAGGAUGUGGUCGUUCAGCAGCGGCCGAGCAUCUUCCAGGGAAAAAGUGUCAUCACCUCACUAAUACCCCACCCACCUGUGGUUACAUCAGCGUCCCAGAGCAGCUCACGCUACAGCACAGCGGCCGACGCUCUGGCUGCGUUGGUGGACGCCGCGGCCUCAGCUCCGCAGAUGGACGUCACCAAGGUCAAGGAGAGCAAACACGAGCGGGACGAUGAAAUGUCUUCAUCGGCCGCGUCGCGGCGGGGGCCGAUCCUCUCGGAGCAGCAGCAGGAAGCAGACAGGCGAUCGUUGCACUCGCCGUAUAACGCCAUGUCUCUGCCGGGAGGAAAGCCGCAUCCGGCUUACGCCGAGGGCCCCGGGGUCGUCGGGGGGAAGGAGAAGGGUCCUCAGACAAAGUCCCGCAUCGAAGAGGAGCUUCGGACUCACGGGAAGACGACUAUCACCGCCGCCAACUUUAUUGACGUCAUCAUCACACGGCAGAUAGCUUCAGACAAAGAGUCGCGGGAGCGAGGCUCUCAGAGCUCCGACUCUUCAAGCAGCUUAUCAUCUAGUCGGUAUGACAACACUGCUGGAGGAGCCAUUGAGGUUAUAAGUCCUGCUAGUUCCCCAGUCCAGCCCCAGCAGGACAAAGCAGAAGACGGACAACAGCAAGCAGCAGUUGCCAUGCGGACCUACGACAUGGGCCGGUACCGAUCGUCUGCAGAGCCGCCGCAGCCCCCCUCCUCCCAGGCAGACAGCUACUCACAGGUCCCCAAAACCCACAGAGUCAUGACCUUGGCAGACCAUAUUUCGCAUAUAAUUACCCAAGACUUCGCCAGGAAUCAAGACCCCCCGGUCUCUUCGUCAGCACCCACCACAUUCCAGAGCUCCAUCCCACCGGUGUCCUCUUCGGGUCGGGUCAAAGCCCCGAGCCGCUACAGUCCUGAGAACCAGCCUCCGCACCACCAGAGACCCUCCAGUCGGGUUUCUCCAGAGAACGCCCCUGACAAAUCCAGGGCCAGACCCGGCAAGUCUCCGGACCGAGGAGGCAGGCAGAUGGAGAACUAUGAACCCAUCUCUCCCCCACAGGGGUACCAAGGCACGGACAAGCAGGAGGCGGGUGGGCCUCCGUCCCAAAGGCGGGACACUGACAACUCUGAGAUCAGGAGCGACUCACGGUCCCCAGGGAGUGUCAGCUACCUGCCUGCUUUCUUCACCAAACUGGAGAGCACUUCGCCCAUGGUUAAAUCCAAGAAGCAGGAAAUCUUUCGUAAGUUGAACUCCACCUCUGGUGUUGGGGAUUCUGACGUUGGAAAUGCUCAGCCUGGGACAGAGAUUUUCAACCUGCCUGCUGUUACCAGCUCCAGCAGCAUCAACCUAAGGAAUCAGUCGUUCAGCGACCCGGCCAGUAACUUGGGCCUGGAGGACAUCAUCCGCAAGGCUUUAAUGGGCAACUUGGAGGAGAGGCAGGAGGAGCACCAGGGAGGAGGAGGAGCUAUCGUCAUGAACAACGCAUCCGGCACGGGCGGCGAUACCCGACAGGAGGCCAGCCCGUCUCCCAAUAUGGGGAAACAGAAGCAGGGCAAAGCAAACAGCCGGAAGUCCAAGUCGCCUAACCUGGGUCAGGCCUACCCAGGAGGGGAGCGUCCGUCGUCAGUCCACUCUGACGGGGAAUACCACAGACAAACCCAAGCACAGUGGACCUGGGAGGAGCGACCCCCGUCCACAGGUCCCAUGCCGUUUCCUUACAACCCACUGACCCUGAUGAGCACACCCCCCACGUCCAUGGCCUCAGCCUCCAUACAGAGCCAGCAGCAGCAGCAGCAGCAGCAGCAGCAGCAGCAGCAACAGCCGCCCCCAGCCAGGGGGCAGCAGCGAGUGUGGCAGUCUCUGCUGUCGGAGCAGUACGAGACCCUAUCUGACAGCGACGACUGAACCUGAAGCCCGCCGACGGCCCGGUUACCAGGGAAACGGCCUACGCUUCAGGCGGAUCUGUCCACCCCCGUCUCCCGGAACUAACCUCACUCUUUUUGCGAGUGAGGAGCGGAUGAGGUGGUGCAUGGUUGUUUUUUUUUUCUUCUUCAUUUUUUGCUGUUGUUGUUGUUGUUGUUUUUGGUGCUAUGGCGCCCCCUGGCGGUCAGCUUGGAGCAGCAAGCAACAGGCAGGGUUCUCCAGAACUCCGUAUUUGCUCCAGGAGCGCUCACCAAGCCUGUCGGGAGAAGUACACGCCAACAUGAAGGAUGACAAACGGCGCCAGUCGAGCUGAAGAAGUUCCUUCAUGUGCAAAAGAAAAAAAAGAAACAUAAGAAGCUAUUUCUGAAUUUUUUGUCUGAUUCUGUAAAGAUACACCCUGUCUUUAAGAAAAUUUGUAUGUACAUAGAGUAACCUUUUUGCAGUGUUUUUCUUAACUUGUUUCUUAUUUUAACGUCGCUUUUAACUUGAUCCACUUUAAUUGGGAAGAGGUGUGGUGAAAUCUUUAAUAACGCACUCGCUCUCCCAGUCUCCACGCCACCAACCUGAAACUUUAUUAUUAUUAUUUUUUUUACCAUGGCUUUGCAAAGAGAGACCGGACCUGUUGUUAAAACUUGACCCCUCUGCGGAUCACAGAUUGUGCCGCCGUCAACCAAGCACCACCAGAGCCUGAAACGGUGUGGACAAAAACUGAAGCGUCGAAAUCUACAGAUAAACAGACAGUAGAGACAACUUCUCACCCAGUUGGAACAGAGAAACAUCACAACAAGUUGAGAUCACUGGCAUCAGAGCCGAAAGGUGAAAAGUCGGAAAUAAGCUUGCUGGAAAUGAUAAUCGUUAUGACUACUCCUGGACCCUGUCUGAAUGAUGAAAGUGAGCCAAUGAGUUUAUUUUAUUUUAUUUUUUUCAAUAGAGCUGACAACGCAGUGUGUUGCAUCCCUGCAGUUUCUCUUUCCAAGCUGUCCAGAAUAACGUCUUGUCAAAAAGGAAAAAACUAACAAAAAAAACGUCAGUGUCAGGACAUGUGAUUUCUUUUCAGCUUUCUUUUCUGAGGGAUAAUUUUGCCACGCCUUGUGAGUUAAGAGAGAAGGCAGCUUUAAAAACAAUUUUCUCAGAGAUAUAUGUUGGUGUCAUUUGUAUUUGUUUCUGCAGUCCCUCUUUUUUUUUUAAUAUUAUUAUUUUAAUUUUCUUCUUCGUUUCCUGUCCUGACAGCAAUCUGAGCUCUGUAAAACUGUCUUCUCAUUACACGAAACGCAGAAACUAACCAAACGUAAAGAAUGCUCUGCACCAUUGUUGCACUUUUUGUUUGCUUUGUGGCUUCGGACAACAGAAAGCAUACUACCUGCUGUGUAACUUAAUCAACCUCCAGCCUAGGACUAUACUAAGAUGUGCUUUAACGUUUUCCCCGCCACUCAAUUAAAAUCUGGAUGUUUGAACUUCCUUUCUUUCCUCACUGCUGGUACAUAAUAUAUUUUGGUGUUAACACCUGCAUCAGUUGCUGUUUUCAAGUGCAUGGUACCGUUAAAUGUCUAGGAGUUUGCUGUCAAAGUGAUUCAGAAUCUUGAUAACUUAAUAUCUGCUUUCAUUGUGUCCGUCAACAGAUGGCUCUGGAGACGACUCCUAUUACACCGACGUCAUAAACGGCAGUAACUCUGUUCACAUUUUCUUUAUGUAACAAUGCCAUAUUCUAGCUGUCUCUCUGCUCAAGUUGGGAAACCCAUUUUGCUUGAAACUUGAUAUUUCUCACCAUUUUUCAUUUCACUUUUGUUUUCCAUCCUGCUUUUUAGGGAUGUUAUGUGUUUACGGACGCAAUGACAAAAAAAGUUUACAAACUUGAAUCUUAAAUCCGACAUGAAGCCGUAAAAAGAAAAUGAAUUAGAGCGUCUCAUUUUUUUUUUAAAUUUUUUUUUUUUUUUUGGUUGGUUUCUUUUUUCCAGCUCUCUUUCAAAUUCACAGUGGUGACUCUUUUUGUCUAUUGGAAAUUGAGACUUGAAACCCCAUGUGUCCCAUGAUGUUAAAAUGCAAUAUUUGUAUCGCACAAUGUCUCUUAGUAGGCUAUUACAAGAGUUCAGACCAAUCGAAUAAAGUGGAUCAGUUCUCCACCACUGACAGAUUUGUAGGUUUACAGAUGUGCCAUCUUUUCUUUUCUUUCUUUUUUUUUUUUUUUUUGACUGUGUAAUGCUUGGUUGCUGAGGUGUACUUUCAACUGUCACUUGGCUCUUUACUGGCAAGUUAUUGCAAUAUUAAAUAAAAAAAAGUGUCAUGAAUUGCAAUAUAAUGAAAAGUAUGUAAUAAAAGUCUGACAGUCUUAGAAUAGGAUAAACAGACAGACAAAUACCUCUUAUAAAAAGAAAUCUCACCUUCAUAAAAUGUACAUGUCGCCCCGUCACGUCACUGACCUUGUAUGAUAAGGUGAGUAUUUAUUUCCAUCUCAAGAAAAGCUAAAAAAAAUAUUUACUUUUAUUCCAAGCUCUUAAAAAUUCCAAUUUCCACGUUUUAUUUUCCUAUAUGUACUUGGUUAAAUAUUUUCGUGCACCUGGUUUAUCACUAAAAUAAGAGUUGCUAUUAAAUUUUGAAAGUUAAGUCAAAUUUUAAAAAGAAAUGAAUUACCAUGCUUAUUUGCAAAGGCGAAAAAUAACGUUUACUUUGAAAGGACGACAGCACUCUGGCACCGGAAGUCAAUGUUUUGGUCGCACCUUACUGGCUGAUGAGCGGUAGUGCCAGAAACAAAAAAACUGGAAAAAAAUGCGGACGUUUUUACCUGCAGUAGCAGAGCAGCUUUUUCGAGACAUUCAGAAAAUCUACGAAGAGACGACUCAAAUCAACAAGCUGCAACCACUCAUUAAUGUCUGCAAGUGCUGUCUUUUACUGCAGGCUCAUUUGCAAAAUCAGACUUGUUCCUGGUGUUUGUUUUACACAUAUAUCCUUUACCUUUAUUUAUUCUCAAAGGCAGAAUGUGGAGCUGCUGAAUUAAGAAAAAAAAACCAUUUGGCAGCAUGCCUUUUCUUUGCCACACAGUAACACGUCAUCCUCCCAAGAGUAGUUGCAUUUGAUUGCAAUGUUCCAGUUCCAGUGUGACGGCCAGAAGCAAUAACCUGGAGUUAGAUUUUAGUUCCCUUUAAACAGUUCCUCAAUAAACUGGAAUUAUUUGUUACAUUUUGAAAUUGAGAUCUUAUUUUUCUUCUUUUUGCAGUACCUGAUGAUCUACUUAUUGCGCUGAAGUUUGUCUUCGGGACUUGUGCGCUGCAGGCGUUGGACCUGGUUGACCAGCGCUCCGUCACGUGUCUGUCCUCUCCCAGCGGUCGAAAAGCCUUCCAGCCCCACAGUAACGUAUUACAGAAAUGCUAACGCACAUAAAGAAAAGGACUGGGCUUUAAAAAAACUGAAGGAUCUUAACAAACUCCAACUGUUGCCAUCUUCAAAUCAUGACCUUUGUGACGUCCUGGAGAACUCUGACCCCAGGAACUGAUGAGUCAGCACAAGUCAGAGGAGACGGUUCUCAACCAGAGAGAUGAGGGCUGUUUUUCAUCUUUAAGAAAGUUGCAAAUAAAUUGUUAAAAUAGUCAUGACAAGACCACAACUGUUUUCAAUUCUGACUAAUUUAAAUGUAAACUAAAGAAGAAAAAUAAAAAUGA